UUUCCUGGUGCCGUUCAUCUAUCUUAUGAUGAACACAGAAAUAUGCCACGCCGUGAUUUGCACGACCAAUCUGGGAUUAGAGUAUCGUUCGGAACAGGUGCCCGGAAACCUAGUAACGUUUUCCAUAAAUGCCUGUUGUCCGUGUCGUUCUCAGCCCGUCAGGUAUCAGAUCCCACUCUGUGGAUUACGGAACGCCAUCGUCAAAGUCAAUACUGUUAAAACUCAAGUGAACAACGCACUCCGUGCUUUUGCAUCUUCCAUAGCUGGCGGAAGUGAAGUCUGCUCCCGGGGACGUCAUUUUACAACACCAACUUAUGAUAAUAUUACAGAUGCUCUACUGGCUUCUUACCAAGGGCUGACAGGAAUCGCUCUGAAACUCCACAUCAUCCAAAAUCAUGAUAACUCAAGAAUUGGCGUCAUUUCCGGAAUAUCAGACGAUAUCGGGGACACACUCUGUCAUCUACAAUCACUUCUGGGGGACAUCGAGAUGUCUGAGACAAUCUACAAAAGAAGUCACACUAUUGCACAAUUGGACAUCAGCCAGAUGGUGCCCUACACGUGCAGCACUCUGAAUGAAAAUCUCGCCAAACUCAACAAUAUUGAAAAGAGCAUACGGGCAACGCUUUUGAGAAAGUUGAACGAUUUUGCAUAAACACAUAUGUUUAUAGUAUUGGUAAAUGUUUUUAGAAAUUAUAUUCAUGUGAUUGAUUUCAAACGAAGCAACAAUAAAAAGUUUGAAGUUGGGAAAACAUUGUGUUUCAAUCUUUUCAUAUAUGUAUUAAUUUACGGUGACGUUU